AUGUCCUUUCAGAGGGUAAGCAACUCCCACAUCAAGGAGGGCGGAUUUAUGUUUGUCACAGACAAACUUUUACAGAACACCCUUAUACGCAUGUAUGAAAAGUGUGGAAGUUUAGUAGAUGCACACGAAGUGUUUGAUCAAAUGACUGAGUGUGAUGUCUUCUCCUGGAAUGCCAUUAUUGCAGUGUACAGAAGGCAUGGGUAUCCUCAUGAAGCAUUGACACUAUUUCAUAAAAUGCGAGCAGAUGGCAUCCAACCCAAUCAGUUCACUUUUGCCAGCAUACUCUCAGCCUGUUCGAAAGUAAGAGUUCUGGAACACGUUGUUCAACCAAAUUCUGCAACCUUUGCAAGCAUUCUCCCAGCCUAUGCUAAAAUGGGAGCUUUAGAACAGGGAAUGGAAAUCCAUCAAAACAUAGUGAAAAGGGGAUUUUUGUCAGCUGUUGUAAUUGCAAAUGCUUUGGUAGAUAUGUAUGCAAAGUGUGGCAGCACACGCGAAGCACAUAAAUUGUUUGACAAAAUGCCUCAAAGAGAUGUGGUCUCAUGGAGUGCAAUAAUUACAGGGUAUGCACAAAACAGGUUUGCUGAAAAGGCCUUGGAAAGUUUUAAGCAAAUGCAGUUGGCAGGAUGUGCACAAAAUGGCUUUCUUGACGAGGCUUCGAGGCUUUUCAGAGAAAUGCCGCAAAGAAAUGUGGUUUCGUGGAAUGCAAUGAUCGCAGGAUACUCACAAAAUGAUUUUGUUGAAAAAGCCUUACUAACUUUUAAGGAAAUGCAAUUGGUAGGUUUACAGCCAAACGCCACAACCUUUGCUAGCAUCCUCCCAGCCUGUGCCAAAACAGGGGCUUUAGAACAGGGAUAUGAACAAAAUGGAUUUGUUGAAAGGGCCCUGGAAAUUUUUAAACAAAUGCGAGUGGCAGGUGUAAACCCAGACUCGACAACCUUUGUCAGUAUCCUCCCAGCAUGUGCUAAAAUGGGAGCUUUAGAACAGAGAUAUGCACAAAAUGGCUUAUGCAAGGAUGCUCUUGAACUCUUCGAACUAACGAAGCAGUCUGGAACAUGUCCUGAUUGUGUAAGCUUCGUUUGUGUUUUAUUAGCAUGCAGCCAUGCAGGUUUAGUGAAUGAGGGCUGUGAAUAUUUCAAUGGUAUGACUAACUUACAUAACAUUAUGCCCACAAUUGAUCAUUAUGGGCAUGGUACCGUUUUUUGGUGCAUGGUUGACCUUUUCGGCCGUGCUGGCUAUCAUGAGGAAACUCUAAACUUUAUCAUCAAAAUGCCAAUUACUCCUGUGGUGGUUGUGUGGACGUGUUUUCUUGGUUCCUGUAAAGCACAUAAGAAUAUAAAGCUAGGACUAUAUACAGCAACUCUUCUUUUUGAGCUGGAUGCUAAGAAUGCUGCAACUUAA